UUGAGAGAAAGUCAGUCUCGGUAUCCCCAACAAAGAAAUGGGUCAGAAACUCUGAACUCAAACCCAAUCAUCAACCAUCCACCAAAUUCGGAGCAGAUUUUCCCCCAAAACCAGAAAUCAAAUCCAAUCCAAUCCAAUCCAAUCCGAAGUGUGAAGAAGUACAUCUUGUUUGCUAAACUGGAAUUGAAAUGAUCGAAUCAAAAUGAUGGCUUCAUAUCCAAGCAGCAGCAUUCAUUUCACAUGCCUCCGGUGCCCCUCCGGUUCCCCCUGCAUUUCCUCUGCUUCUCCUUUCCUUAAAUCUUUUAACUCCACCAUUCCCGGCCCUUACCUUAAAAAGCACCCCCAGAUCUUGUCUUCCAAACCUCCUCGGCGCCGUAGCUUUGUUACCUCGACUUCCACGAGGGCUCAAAUGGCCGCCACCGAGGAGAAACCCAUCUCACAAGACAGAAUGCUGGUAUUUGUGCCUCCACAUCCAUUGAUCAAGCAUUGGGUUUCAGUUCUAAGGAAUGAGCAAACUCCUUGUCCCAUAUUUAGGAAUGCAAUGGCUGAGUUGGGGAGACUACUUAUGUAUGAAGCUUCGAGGGAUUGGUUGCCUACCAUCAUGGGGGAGAUUCAAUCACCAAUGGGAGUUGCCUCCGUUGAGUUCAUAGAUCCAAGGGAGCCUGUGAUGGUAGUUCCAAUCCUAAGAGCUGGUCUAGCUCUGGCAGAACACGCAUCUUCAAUCUUGCCAGCUACAAAAACUUAUCAUCUGGGGUUCAGCAGAGACGAGGAGACACUUCAGCCAACAUUAUAUUUGAACAAGUUACCCGACAAAUUUCCUGAAGAGUCUCGAGUACUUGUUGUUGAUCCCAUGCUGGCAACAGGUGGCACAAUAGUGGCAGCUCUCAAUCUCUUAAAGGAACGUGGGAUUGAUAACAACCAAAUUAAAGUGAUAUCUGCUGUGGCAGCCCCUCCAGCUCUUCAAAAGCUCAGUGAGAAUUUCCCUGGGCUACAUGUAUACACCGGAAUAAUAGAUCCCACCGUCAAUGACAAAGGGUUCAUAAUUCCUGGGCUGGGAGAUGCUGGAGACCGUAUCUUUGGUACAUGAAGUCACCCAAUGUGCUGACCGAGCCGAUUCUUAAUUGUCACCUCAUGCAAUUUUGAUAUAUUGAACUAUCUCCUGAGCCGAAUUUUUUCUUUUUAAAAAAAAAGAAAAAUUAAAAGACAUUGAAAUAUCAAUCAUCGUGAGUUUUAGCUAGAUUCACUGGAUUUUGUAUAAGAAGUUUGUAUUGUUCAGAGUAUUAGAGAAUUCAAAUCCACUUGUAACUAUUCCUAUUCACACCCAAAUUUGUUACUACAACUUUCAUUUGAAAAAAGAAAAAAACCUUCUUUUUA